GACACUCAUCUUUGUCAGUGAACAAAAUGGCGUCUUACUGUUUGACAGUCACUAGGCUGCAGCUGGCCCUUGGAACUGGUGCAAGGCGCAUUCAUGUCUCCUCAGCCUUCAGCGCCAAGGCCAAGGUGGCCAUGAGCCGCUUUGAGCCCGGCUCCAGCGUUAAUUAUGAGAAGAUGCAUGAGAACAUCAACACUGUGCGCAGGAGGCUCGGCAGGCCUCUCACGCUGUCGGAGAAGAUUGUGUACGGUCACCUGGAUGAUCCAGCGGGGCAGGAUAUCGACCGCGGCCGCACCUACCUGCGCCUGCGUCCAGAUCGCGUGGCGAUGCAGGAUGCUACAGCUCAGAUGGCAAUGCUGCAGUUCAUCAGCAGUGGUCUGCCCAGGGUGGCGGUUCCCUCCACCAUCCACUGUGAUCAUCUGAUUGAGGCUCAGAUCGGAGGGGCCGAGGACCUGCAGAGAGCUAAGGAGAUAAACGAGGAAGUGUACAACUUUCUUGCCACUGCUGCUGCUAAAUAUGGUGUUGGCUUCUGGAAACCUGGAUCAGGGAUCAUCCAUCAGAUCAUCCUGGAGAAUUAUGCCUAUCCUGGAGUGAUGCUGAUUGGUACAGACUCCCACACUCCUAAUGGCGGUGGCCUGGGGGCCGUCUGCAUUGGAGUGGGUGGCGCUGAUGCCGUGGAUGUCAUGGCUGGAAUCCCCUGGGAGCUCAAGUGUCCGAAAGUGAUUGGAGUGAAGCUGACAGGAGCCCUGUCUGGUUGGACCUCUCCGAAGGAUGUCAUCCUGAAGGUGGCUGGCAUCCUGACUGUAAAAGGUGGCACAGGAGCCAUUGUGGAGUAUCACGGGCCUGGAGUUGACUCCAUCUCCUGCACUGGAAUGGCCACUAUCUGUAACAUGGGUGCUGAGAUUGGAGCCACCACAUCCAUUUUCCCCUACAACCACCGCAUGAGGACGUACAUGGAGAAAACUGGCCGUGGAGAGAUCGCGACUGUGGCCGAUCAGUUCAUAGAUGACUUGGUCCCAGAUAAAGGCUGUGAAUACGACCAGCUCAUUGAGAUUAACCUGAGUGAGUUGAAGCCCCAUAUCAACGGGCCCUUCACCCCUGACCUGGCCCACCCCGUGUCUGAUAUCGGGGCUACGGCUAAGAAGAACGGCUGGCCCCUGGAGGUUAAAGUUGGUCUGAUCGGUAGCUGUACCAACUCCAGCUACGAGGACAUGGGCAGAGCGGCCUCUCUGGCCAAGCAGGCUCUUGAUAAAGGUCUGAAGUGCAAGGCCCAGUUCACAGUCACCCCAGGUUCUGAGCAGAUCCGUGCCACUAUCGAGAGGGACGGAUAUGCCAAGAUCCUGAGUGAUGUUGGUGGAAUCGUACUUGCCAACGCUUGUGGACCUUGCAUCGGACAGUGGGACAGGAAGGAUGUGAAAAAAGGAGAGAAGAAUACUAUUGUCACAUCCUACAACAGGAACUUCACUGGCAGGAAUGAUGCCAACCCCGCUACUCAUGCUUUUGUCACCUCUCCUGAGAUCGUCACCGCCAUGGCUAUUGCUGGAACUCUCAACUUCAACCCAGAGACCGACUACCUGACCGCUCCUAACGGAGAGAAGUUCAAGCUGAAUCCGCCUACUGGUGACGAGCUCCCCUCCAGAGACUUCGACCCAGGCCAGGACACCUACCAGCACCCCCCGACUGAGGGCGGCUCAGUGAAGGUGGACGUGAACCCCACCAGCAACCGCUUGCAGCUGCUGGAGCCCUUCGACAAGUGGCAUGGAAAAGACCUGGAGGACAUGAGGGUCCUUAUCAAGGUGAAGGGAAAGUGCACCACUGACCAUAUCAGCGCUGCCGGGCCCUGGCUGAAGUUCCGUGGUCACCUGGACAACAUCUCCAACAAUCUGCUGAUUGGUGCAGUCAACAGUGAAAACGAUGCUGUGAACAAGGUCAAAAACCUGCUGACAGGAGAGUACGGAGGUGUGCCCGAUGUGGCCCGCCACUACAAGGCCAAUGGAGUGAACUGGGUGGUGGUCGGAGAUGAGAACUAUGGAGAAGGUUCCAGCAGAGAGCACGCUGCCCUGGAGCCACGACACCUUGGAGGACGCGCUAUCAUCGUCAAGAGCUUUGCCAGAAUCCACGAGACUAACCUGAAGAAGCAGGGCCUGCUGCCUCUGACUUUUGCUAACCCCCAGGACUACGAAAAAAUUCGCCCUGACGACAAGAUUACAAUCACUGGGCUAAAAUCCUUUGCUCCUGGCAAGCCCCUGGCAGCAGUGAUCAAGCACAGUGAUGGCAGCAAGGAGUCCAUCACUCUAAACCACUCCUUCAACGAGACGCAGAUCGAGUGGUUCAGGGCCGGCUCUGCUCUCAACAGGAUGAAGGAGCUCCAGUAAUAGGUGGAGACGCGGGAGGUGGGGCCUGUAGGGGCCACCGAGGGGCCUUGGCAUGGGUUAAGAAGGGGAGAAGUGAGGGCAGAGAAAGGGGCUUUGCAAAGAGGAAGAGACGAGGUGAACGGUAGACAGUUACCAGACCUGUUGGUUUAAAUGUUGGUGUAGGGACAGCUGUAGUCAUGAUCAGUUAAAGAAAACACACACACACACACACACACACACAAGGUCGCUGCACAGAUGAAAAGCGCACACACACAUUGACAUGGGCACGCACAUGCACAGACAGGAUUACUGUGAAAGCACUCCCGGACGACAGCCAGAAUUACACAAACACGCUCAAAUCAAGCGCACAUAACCGAAGCUUAGCAGUGUGUGUGUCUGUAAAAGGCAGCAUCGUUCGUCCUGGCAGCACUCCUCAGUUUAAAAUCAGAUUUGUCAAGCUUAGUUGUUCAUUGAGUGUUACCCUGCAGCGCUCAGCUGACUGUUUCACACACAGACAGUUGAAUGAGGCUGUGUUUUCCUAAAUCUGUGAACGAAUCUAGCAGUAUACAAACCUGAGUCAGACCCUGCAUUGAUAAAGUUAGAUUCAAAAUACGAUUAAAAUAGAAGUGGUGAAGCUGAGAUAACAGUUUCCUAAUAUUUAAUGACGAGUUAACAGCUUCCUGCUAUAAAAUCUUUAACUGCAAAGUCCGUCCAAAGACCAGACAAUUGUUGUUCUUCAUUAUGCUUCCUGUUUUAUAUUUGUCGCAGUGGUUUCCAUCCAUACAGCUCAAUAAGCUCACUUAGUUGUCCAACUCACAUGAAUGUACCUUUCCUUCAUUAUCUCCAGACCUGAAGAACAUUUCCACCACAUGUUCAAUGUGAUGCUGCAUUCAAAUGGAACUUUUGAGCUUGUGUUUAUGACAUGGGAAGCAAAGUGAAUGUGAGCUCAUGAACUCAGAGCUCUCAGAAAAUUCAGCUUAUGAAGCUGUGAACACCACAACAAGGAGGCGUUUAUUUGGACUCUUCUCGUGAAUGUGGUAAACACAACCCCAUUGGAACGCAGCAUACUUGAAAUGCACUAAAUAGCAACAAACUCCACAAGUCGUCCUUCAUUUUCCUCCUGUAGCGGGCUGCUAGGUUUGCCUUCGACUUGAACAAGUGUCACCUCACUAGUCGUAGUUUUGAGCCACUGUGAAAACAAACCACCAGGCACACUGACUUAUUUACUGUAAGCAGGAUCAGUUGAAAUCCUGUCAGCCCCUCCACUGUCACGGUACAACUGCAGCCCAAUCUAUCGUCACGCCGUCUGAGGUCUUGUGUUUUUAUGCUGCUGCUGUUGGACUUUUCGUUUUGACCUUGAAUCUGUGUACACUCCCUGCUUCUCUUUCACUGCACGAUCGCUCACAGGGCUGCAAUGAAUUAUUGUUUUCAUUAUCGGUUAUUCUGUCCAUUAUUUUCUCUAUUAAUCGAUGAAUUGUUCUGUCAGUAAAAUAUCAAGAAAUAGUGAAAUUUGCCCUGUGAAUUUUCCCUUAACCCAAGUUGAUGUCUUUAAAUGGUUUCAUCUGACCAACUGUCCCAAAAAUCUAAAGUGAUACAGUUUAUUAUCACAUAUAACAAAGAAAGGCUUCAAAUUCUCAGAUUUAGGAGGCAUGAAAUCAACAACUGUUUGGCCUCAUUUGCUUUAAAAUUACUAAAACGAUUAUUUGAUUGUCAAUUAAUUAUCUGUCGAUCAACUAAUCGAUUAAUUGACAAAUCAUUUUAGCUCUACUUGCUUGUUCUCUGUCUUUCUGCAUGAUAUAACACUGCAUUGUGUUACAACACAACACAUACCGCCAUUGUGUCAGCGCCAGCCUUGCUAUUUCUUUUCUUUCCAUCUGUGUUUUGUCCUGUGUGGGUGCGUGUGUGUAUGUGUGUGUUAUACAUGAUUGUUUUACUGGGUUAACAUCAGUGUGUGUUCGCAUCUGUGCGUCUCUCUUUGCUCACCCUGUCUCUCUUGCUGCUCUCGCCAGGCUGCUUCAUGCAGUCCAAACCACAACCUGAUACGUUUGGGGAAAUGGGCUGAAGUCAGAUUUGUGUUGCUGCACCGGGCAAGUUUUUUAUGUAGGAAGGAAACUGCGGCAUAACAGUGUCAUAAAAAAUCAGCCUACAAUGUCCGGAGAAAGCUCCACUUUUCUAUAGUAGGUCAUUUGUCUCAUCAACCCAAUGAAAUCCUUUAGGUCAAAGCUUCUCACACGUGAUAUUUUCUCUCAUUCUUUCUGCUGGUCCUCACUAUCAUCUGGAGCUGCCAGCAUGUGAAAUUGCCUCGUGUAGCUGUAACGGGAUCUGACAGGCUGUUUGUCUUGGAGUUGAAUGUUUUUUCAGGUUGAGGUUUGGUCCUCCAUAGCACGAGAAAGCCUGCUGUCUUCUUACACAAACUAACGCACAAUCUAGUGUCCAGAUGCCUGUACACUAGCACUUUGUAGAGUUAGGGAAGUAGUUUUAGGUGUGCUUCGCCAUGCUUCGUUUAUUCUUUGCAAACAUUUCACUCUGUAGCACACGUCUCUGUCGUGUGUGACUCCACAAGACUGACAUACAACGCGUAACGUUCACUAUUGAUACACGAGUUUUCAGUAGAAAAUGUAGAUUCAAAAUCAUUCUUGGAUUAAGUUUGACAUAAUGUAUACCUAGUGUACGCCACUGAAACGCUGUGGUUAUAUAUUUUUGCUAGCUUAGGGAUGUUUGAGGUCAUUGCUGCUAUGUUUUAUGUAGGUGUCCUCUGUUUAGCUUGUCAUUAACCAGAAAGUUUAUAAAUCGGUCACUUCUUCAUUCUGCAGUCCAGGAAGUGUGGAUUAAUAAUUACACUUCCUGAGGUGAAUCCCUAUAUACUUAAAAAAAAGUCACUGAGUUUGGACCUGUGUGUAAAUGACGUGAUAUAUAGUUGCACUUUGUAUAGGGGUGUGUACAUAAAUGAUAAAUCAUUAUAUAGAUAUAUAUAGAUAUAUAUAUAUAUAUAUGAGAGAGAGAGAGAGUGCUGGUAACAUGCUGUAUGCUGCCUGUCUAAAUGAGAGCGGUUAACUCUGUUUGUGACUUCCUGUAACAUAAUGUCAUAACAUAGAGUCCCCUGUGUGAUCUUGAUUAAACUCAAGUUCUUUUAAUCGAAUGGUUUCACAAACCAGUUUUGGAUUGUGGG